AUGAGAUUGUUUUUUGUGUUUUUUAAAAAUGGGCGGGCGGCCAGGGGACGCCUCAGGCGGCUCGGAGGGCCGGGCAGUGAGGCGGGAGCGGCGGGCGGAGGAGCCGCGCUGCAGGGAUGUGACUGGACCCGGGCCAGCAGGAGCGCCGGCGCGCUGCGGAGCCGCUGGGGUCGCACGUUCCUGGCGUCAGGAAGAAAGAUGAGGACCCACCAGGUGCUCGCCUGCCUCCUGCUCCUGAUGGCCACCUCUAUGGCCUCGGAAAAUGCCAGCACAUCCCGGGGCUGCGGGCUGGACCUUCUCCCUCAGUAUGUGUCCCUGUGUGACCUGGAUGCUGUCUGGGGCAUCGUGGUGGAGGCAGUGGCCGGGGCGGGUGCCCUGAUCACACUGCUCCUGAUGUUCAUCCUGAUGGUGCGGCUGCCGUGCGUCCGGGACAAGGAGAAGAGGAAGCCGGCUUGCCUGCUGUUUCUCUUCCUCCUGGGCACCCUGGGCCUCUUCGGACUGACCUUCGCCUUUAUCAUCCGCAUGGACGAGACUAUCUGCUCCGUGCGCCGCUUCCUCUGGGGCGUGCUGUUCGCCCUGUGCUUCUCCUGCCUGCUCAGCCUGACAUGGCACGUGCGGAGGCUGGUACGCCAGGGCUCGAGCCCGGCAGGGUGGCAGCUGGUGAGCCUGGCGCUGUGCCUGAUGAUGGUGCAGGUCAUCAUCGCCACUGAGUGGCUGGUGCUGACUGUGCUGCGGGACACGAAGCCGUCCUGUGCAUACGAGCCCAUGGACUUCGUCACGGCCCUCAUUUACGUCGUGGUGCUGCUGACCGCGGCCCGGCAGUCCCUCUUCACGCUGUGUGGCAAGUUCCACCGGUGGAAGCUCAAUGGGGCCUUCCUCCUCAUCACCUCCUUCCUCUCAGUGCUCAUCUGGGUGGCCUGGAUGUCCAUGUACCUCCUUGGCAACACCAUGCUGCACCAGGAAGAGGCCUGGAACGAUCCGACCUUGGCCAUCACACUGGUGGCCAGCGGCUGGAUCUUUGUCGUCUUCCAUGACAUCCCUGAGGUCCACUGCACCCUCCUGCCAUCCCUGCAGGAAAACCCACCCAACUAUUUUGACACAGCACACUCAAGGAUGCGACAGACAGCAUUCGAUGACAUGCACCUGCCACGCACAUAUAUGGAGAACAAAGCCUUCUCAAUGGACGAGCAAAGCUCAGCUCGCCGUUCAGCAAGAUUUUCCAAUGGCAGCUUGGGGAAAAAGCACAGUGGCAGCAUAGGGAAGAAACGCAGUGGCAGCUUGGGGAGGAAGACCAGCAGCUUGGGGCACAGACCCAGUGCUCCAUUCAGAAGCAAUGUGUACCAGCCGACCGAGAUGGCCGUGGUCCUCAACGGGGGCACUAUCCCCACCGACGUGACUGCCCACCCCCGCACUCUGGAGUCCUUUGGAGUGACUUGGUGUGCAGGAGCCCCCGCCCUCCCCACUCCUGCAGAAGGGAGCAGUUCACCCGGUCGUUAACUCUAAGUUCUGUGUUGUCCACGUGCUGAAGGUGCGAAGAGCAUAAAUGGUAGGAGGAGAGACAACCUCAUCUCCCUCCCACCACUCCACCUCCACCCCAUAGAAACAACCACCAUGGAGGACUGGCAAGCUCCCUGCAUAAGGAGACACUUAAAAAACAAAAAUCUGGUAGGUUAUUGCACUUUGGGGGUUUGUUUUAUUUUGGUGUCAAGGUCAAGACCAGGCUGAACGCCUUCAGCAU